AUGCUAAGGGCCAAACAAUUAUCAUGGAUUGCUAGCAGUGAUAUAACGUCCAUUCUGCCAAUUGCUGAAGCGUCCAGAGUACUGGCUGCCAACCAAGCUGGGCAUGUGUUGGUGUACUCGUACGAAGGACAGUCUCUAAGGCUAACCCAGACCUACAAUCACCUAAUGAAAAACAAUGGAACAGAUACCACCAUUUACAGAAUGCUAUAUUCGCACCAGCUUGCCACCGUUUUUGCGGUUUGCGCAAAGAGCAUCGUUCUGUUGAACAGUGCAAACCUGAACCAGUUCGACAAGAUCGUGGAAAAAAGGGGAAUAGAAGAAGCCUGGGUCUUCGAGCAGCCUUGCAGCACUCAUGGAUCAAUGACAGCGCUUCUAUUCUACCCUCAAAAAGCUGGCAAACUGAAGCUUUUUCUUUGGAACGGUCGCACUUUCAAAAGUGUCUCAGAGCUAAAUCUCAGCAGUAAAGGAGAAGAGAUUCUUUCUAUGGAAAUGGAGCGCACCGGAUUUAUUUUGGUAACAAAUAUCGGCUAUUACUACUGGAAUCUCAAUGACCUUUCGCUGCAAAGACUCACCAAAGUAACCGCACCAGUUUGGCCUCGGACUAUUUACGACGCUUUGAAAGAGCUGGAAGAAAGCUCUUCCUCCGAGAAAAGCAGUCAAAAUGAAGUUUCUUCUAUGUCCAGCAUGUCUAGUCUAUCCCAAAAAGUACGUUAUGGGCAUUUGUUUCAACGUCGGGAAACUCGAGGUGGACUACGCAAGAAAAAGCUGCUAUUCCGACCGGCAGCUCAUGAACCAAUCGUGCUGCUCGAUGGCCAGACACGAAAAAAACUAGAGAUAAGUGUCGGCAGUUCGCAAGUAUCUCGGGUGUCGGCGUCGAAUUGGGACCUUUUUUUCGACGCAAAUGAUCAAUUCGAUGACAUCCAGUACUUGUCAUCGAACUUUCUUCUACUUCACAACAAUAAUUCGAUAAGGAUAGUCGAAUUUCAGUAUGGAUUCAGUUUCUUGGAUCUCAACAUCAAAGAAGGGAUAAAAAAGGUUUUCAAAGCUCAAAACUCGAAUUUGCUUGUUUGGACGUGCGCAAAUACUUUACAGCUCUACAAACUGAUAAUAAGAGAUGAUCAUUCUACUUUCUCUACUGUUGAGGAUGAUUUCUCGGCUGUGGAAGAAGGAACCGCUAUACGAACGCUUAAAGCCAUUACUUUUUAUCAGGCUAUUCUUAGUCACAAAAAUAAACUGUCACUCUGCGAAAGCUUUGGAUGUGACAGCUACGAACAGACACUCGAUAUUUAUGCUCUCAAGCUUCGAGAUUUAACUGUCUUGUGGAGCUUCGCAUGCUUUGAUAGAUGCCAGCAGUGGUUUGAACAUGCUCAAAACACAUCUAAGAACGUAAAAAGAGCAUUGGGCUUACAGGAACUUAUUAUAAAGGGUGUUUUCGAUAACCUUAUAGAUUUUCUAGCACCGCCUGAGCUGGUGAUUGGUCACUGUUUUCCACGGUUCGUGGCGAAAUUACUCGAUGAUGGAAUUUCAGGCGAAUUGAAUGCCCGCCAAAGACUACACGCAAGCAAUAUUUCUGGUCGUAUUAUGAACAAAUGGUGUCUACCAUAUCUUACGGACAUUAGACGGAAUCUUCACAAUCUGGCUAAGAAGGGCACAAUUCAGUGGAGUUAUGAAGAAAGAGCAAUUAAUGUUGACCUCCAGUUUUUCCUCGUCAACCACCACCAAGAACGAAGUAUCGGGUCUCUGCUCAAACUUGUCGACACUUGUAUUUUCAAGGUAUACCUUGAAUUCAAUCCUGCAAUGUUAGACCCUUUCACGGGAGUACAAAACGAUUGUGAUUUUGAGACAGUUGUGGAAGAAUUGUCUAAGAAUAUGAAAAUACAGGAAUUAGUAAACUUUUACUUCAUGAGGGGAAAGCACGAUAUGGCUUUAAAGCUACUAACAGAUCUUGGGAGUAAUGUGAAAUCUGCACACCCUAAGAUCAUCGCAACCAACAUUAAAAUGCUUGUUGUUGACUACCUCAAGAAGCUGCCACAAUCUGCAUUACCUACCAUUUUUGAAUACACACAUUGGCUUAUAGAGAGAUUUCCAGAAGACUCAAAAGUUUUGAUAACAAGCAUUUUCAUGAACUACAGUCCACAUUGCGCAACCUUCAAUUUUUCUGAUGUUUACGAGUUUAUCGAUAAAAUCGACCACGACUUGUCGCUCAAAUACUUGGAGUUUAUUGUCGAUGCUUUUGACGCCUCCGAGAAUACCGUGUUCAUGAAAUUAAUCGAAAGGUACCUAGAAAAAGUAUCUGAUCACAAAGAAGCCCGCAAGCUGGAAGCUAUAUUGAAGUCAGCAGACUCUUACGAGCCGCGGACCGUUAUAAGAAUGCUGGAUAAUGUUCUUGGCAGUGAAACAUCAGACGGCGAGUCUACUCUACUGAUUAAAAAGCUUAAAACUUAUCCCCUGAAAGCGCUGGGGGAACAUAACAAAGCUCUUCAUAUUCUUUUUGAAGAGCUUUCGAAUUACACAUUCACCGCCGCCUACUGCUCCGAUGUGUAUCAAGAAGAUGCCCGCGCGGGCGUGGUCUUAUUCAAUCUUUUUUUCGACCUGGUGAUUGAAAGAAGCAAACGUAACGAUGCUGGACCCCUAACCAUUAUACGCUUCCUAGAAGAAUUUGGAUCAAAACUCGAUAGCGCAGAAACCUUGGCAAAAAUACCUUCUGACCUAUCAUUAAAAGAUCUACAACAAAUUUUGGCCAAGGAAAUCGAGAGUUCAUCUUUGAGAAAGAACCGGGUGAGAAUGGAGAAGAAUCUCUUACAAGUUGAGCUUGUCAAUAAAACUUCAGAGCUUAACGACGAGCUCUCGAAGUACUGCAUAAUUAGUGAAGAACAAAAAUGUUUUGUUUGCCACAAGACACUAAAAGGUAGCCGCGAUACAUUAGUUCUGUGGUUUCCUAAUCUCAACGGCCGAGUUUUGACUCAUUACAAUUGCCGGAAAAGUAUAGAAUCCAGUUGA